UACCUGUUCCAACAGAACUGAUGUGGGCGCGGGUUGCCGAGCACAUGCCACGUUGGAAGAAGAGCCAAAACUGAACUGCACCGCUUCCACUGCUCCAGGCACGCAAAGACGAAUUAAUCCACCUAUUAGAAAACAACUCAACUGGUGUCUGUUUUUUGUUUUCUUGUUUGUUUUUUUUUUAUCAACCCUCUGAAUCAAGCAAGAUUCAACCGAGGAUCUGUGAGACUCGCAAGGAUGCACUUGUUGUCCGCCAGCUGCGUGUGCGCGUUCCUCUUCACGGCGCUCCUCCACCCAGUAAGCGCUUUGGAAUCCGUUAUCGGCCUGUAUGGGGAAACAGUUGAGAUUCCUUGCAACAGUGAAGGCAUCAAAGCAGAAAGCAUCCUCAUUACCAAAUGGAAAUAUGACAAAGGAGAAGGACUUUCAGGAGACCUGCUGAUCAGGAACAACCAGAAUACUGUGAUCACUGCCACAGAUGAAUACAAGGACCGUGUGAGAAUGGCCGAGAACUCCAGCCUGCUGCUUUCCGCAGUCAAACUUACUGACCAGAGAACUUUCACCUGCAUGAUGGUGACUGAUGUAGACAUUCGAGAAUACCCCAUUAAUCUGGUGGUCUACAAACCACCUGCAAACCUGGAUAUAUCUGACAAAGCGAAGGAACUGGAGAUUGGCAAACUCACUAAGCUGGGAACAUGUGUUGCACGAGAUGCUAAUCCAGCUGCAAGCAUCACAUGGUUGAAGAACAAAAAACCUCUGGCAGAUGAUGGGAAAGGGAUUUCCAUCAAAGACUCAGUGGUGAUAGACCCUGCUACUGGCCUGUCGACCACAACGUCCACACUGGAGUAUUCUGCCAAGAAGGAAGACACUAAAGCAGAGUUCACUUGCAGCACUCGUGACGCUGUAGGUGCACAGAUUGUGUCCUCUCCAGUGACUCUGACUAUCACGUACUCCACGGAAAACAUCGCCCUUCAGGUCAUCUCUCAGUCGCCUCUUGUAGAAGGAGACAACGUGACUCUCAAGUGUGUAGCAGAUGGUAAUCCUGCACCAACCAGCUUUCACUUUCACCUUAAGGGAGAGUUGAAGAAAGUUGAAAACAGAGACACUUACCCCAUCAUAAAUGUCUCACGCAACACCACCGGUGAAUACAAAUGCUCUCUGAUUGAUGAACCUUCAAUGGAAGCAACCAAUAACAUCACAGUCAACUACCUAGACAUCAAUUUAAUCCCCUCUGGGAGCAUCGUCAAGCGUGUUGGCAAGCCCUUGGAUCUAACCCUGCAGAUUGAUUCCUCUGCUAAUUCAAAGGUCUCCUGGACAAAGGAUAAUGGUAAACUGGAUAAAGAGCCCAAGUUUAACCAGCUGGCUUACUCAGACUCUGGUGUCUACGAGUGCGAGGUGACAAUGGGGCCCCUCAGCCGAAAAGCAUCUUUUGAGCUGGUUGUUGAAGGUGCCCCAGUUAUCAGGCAGCUGUUCACAGAGUUUGGUGAAGACGGCCAACACAAUGUCUUAACUUGUGAGGCUGAAGGUUCCCCAAAACCAGCUGUUUCCUGGAGCAUCAAUGGCACUUUGCUUGGUGAGAGUCCCUUCGUCAAUGGCAAGAUAACACAGAAGAUCAUAGUUGUGCCCGCUACAAACCUAACUGUCUCUUGUACAGUGUCCAAUGAGUUUGGCAUUGAUACCAGGGAUAUAAAUGUGUUUUCUUUAAUUGAGGAGGUGAGAAUCGAUAAACAAGAUCAGUCGGAGGACAAUGACCAAACCAAAGUGGUAGUUGGAGUUGUGGUUGGCCUCCUUGUUGCCACUCUGGUUAUAGGUCUGGCAUACUGGGUUUACAUGAAGAAAUCCAAGCAAGGAAGCUGGAAGACUGGUGAGAAGGAGAAUGGCUCUUCUGAGGAGGAGAAAAAACUCGAGGAGAAAGUGGAGGAAAACAGUCAAAAAGCCGAGGUGUAAAGAAACUACAACCAUUCUUGAACUGGGGAAGUGAAAGUGAAAACAUAGAACUUUUGCACAUUUCUCUUCACCUGUCUCAUGGGGAAAUAAAAAAAUGUGUACAUUGGGAUGAAGACAGCUUGGAUUUGGCUUCAGGGACACUUACAAAAUGCACAUCCAGACAUCCCCUGCGCCCAUCAACACCUCAACCCUUCAUCUAAGAAAAACAAAAAAAAUACUGGAUUCUGUUUGUGGUAUACAUAACUCGUCUGCACUACUGAUACAUGUGUAAACUUGUCUGUUAUUAGGAUUCAUGUUUGUUAGGAUUGAUUUUGAAAAAGUGAGAAAAUGCUUCUUUCUUUUCUUUCUUUUUUUUUCUUAGUUGAUGCAAGUAACUACCAGACCUAGACCAGUUGCCUUUGCUGUAAGGAUAAAUAAACCUCCACUAGUCUUGUGUUUGGCGCUUUGGCUCUUGAGGGAAUAACAGGGACCAAGGAAAACUACCACCAUUGCUUUUUAGUUUCAUACCAUUUUGUCAAGCCACCUCUGCCUUCCACAUCAUUAUGCAGUAGUAGUAAAUCUGUUUAUUCGUGCAUUUAUUUUAGUUUGUUUACUUGGUGGAAAGUAAUUUGAAAUUGAGGUGUAACUCCUGAAAUGGCUAAGGGUAUAUUGUAAUACUCAGCAUUAGUUAUAGAUGGUGAUAUGAUUUUCAUGUUGCAUUGCAGGAAAUAGAUGGUGUGUUGCAGAGUUUUUUUUAACAUUACUGUUUUUGUUUCUUUCUUUUUUUGGUCUUUGUGUGUAAUCAGGAAAAAAAUGACAGUUCAUUUUGCCUUGAUAUGUUUUUUUAAGAGUACAUCUAACAUAACCACAACACAAAACAAGCAGGAUGACUGGGAAAAUGUACAGCAUCAUUCAACUCACUUUAGUUUGGCUGCACAUGUUUUACAUUAGGUUUAUUGUCAUGCUACUCCCAUGAAAAUGUGCUUGACCCUUCAGUAAUGACAUGACAUUAUAGUUUGACUGAUUAUAUGUCAGAUAUAAGCAGUUUGUGCUCCAUCAGUGUUGAGGAUUGAUUGUUUAUUAUGUAGCCAUGGCAUCACUUUGUUAUCAAGAAUGCAGAGUGAACAAGAUGUGUGUCUCAAAGUAGCCUUUAUAUGUUUGCCUUCUUUUAAAAAUCUACCUGUAACUGCUUCAGUUUGUGAUGUGAAAUAGGAUUCAUGUUUCAUGUCAAACUUCUGUAGAAUACAAUGGAAUACAUGCAGCUGUACAUGUCACAAUUUUAGUCUGUUAAGAGCCUUUGCUAAAUUGAAAAAUUGAAAAGACAAGACCAGGAUGUAGUUGUGCAGUGUGUGAAUUUAAUUUUCUUUUUUUGCUAUUUAUAUUGUACAUGACUAAAAAUCCUGGUAGGCAAAUUCAAUGACUGUCAGAUAACUUAUAUCUUGGAUUUAAGCUUGUGAUAAAUUGCUUGCAGACAUGACAAAAAUGUUAAGUUCAGUCAUCAGUAGUUUGCUCCACGUCGAAUAUUAUAUCCAGCAUGUAAUAAACUCAGACCUACAAUCUGCUGUUUGUUGCCUACCUUGUGAAAAAAAAAAACAAAAAAAAAAACGUCAAAUUGGAAAAAUGACCAAAGAAAGUGAACACAUUGCCAUGCAAGUAUUGUAAAUAACUGACGGUUGUUUUUGUACUUUUGUUUAAAAUAAAGUGUACAUUUGGAAAAUUA